CCCAGCCAGCCGGACCCUGAGCUCUAAUUCUCUCUUUCUCUCUCUCUCUCUCUCUCCAUGGAGGUUCUCGGGGGUACCAUGAAUCUCUGGGACACCCGGGCCAAGUAUCUGGACAAGUACAUCGAAGACCAUCUCUUGCCUGAUACCACUUUCAAGAAACAGAUCGGAGAGGCUAUCCACAUCAUCGCCUCCUUCCUAAAGGAGAGGUGUUUCCAGGAGAAAAAGAAGUUAGUUCGGGUGUCUAAGGUUGUGAAGGGAGGGUCAUCAGGGAAAGGCACAGCCUUGAAAGGCCGCUCCGAUGCAGACCUGGUCGUAUUUCUCAGAAAUCUCCAAAGCUACCAGGACCAGAUAGAGCGCCGAGGAGAGUUCAUUGAAGAAAUCAGGAAACAGUUGGAAGAAUGUAAGCGUGAGAAAGAAUGGAAGUUUGACGUAAAAUUUGAGGUCAACAAAUGGAGCAAUCCUCGAGUUCUCGGCUUCACCAUGAGGUCGACCAACCAAGAACAGUGGGUGGAAUUUGAUGUGCUUCCAGCCUUUGAUGUUCUCGGCCAGGUGACUGAAGACUACAGACCUGAUCCUCAGGUCUACAUCAGACUUAUAAAUGGAGGCUGGAAUGGGGGAGAAUUCUCCACCUGCUUCACAGAACUCCAGAGGCGUUUCCUCAAACAGCGCUGCACCAAGCUCAAAAGUCUGAUCCGAUUGGUGAAACACUGGUACAAAAUGUGCAAAGAGAAUAUGCAGUCUCUCCCCCCUCAGUAUGCAUUGGAACUCCUGACUGUCUAUGCCUGGGAGCGUGGAAGCAAGUUAAAUGAUUUCUCCACAGCUGAAGGCUUUCUGACAGUCCUAACCCUUAUCAAGAAGUACCAAGAGCUUAUGAUCUACUGGACUGUCAACUAUGAUAUUCAUAAUGAGAUCAUUGCAGAUCACCUUUGUCUCCAGCUGAAGAAUGACAGGCCAGUGAUCCUGGACCCAGCUGAUCCAACUGGUGAUGUAGGGGGUGGAAAGAAAUGGUCCUGGAACCAGCUGGCACAAGAAGCUCACCGAUGGUCAACUGCUCCCUGCUUUCAAAACUGGGAUGGGAGCUUUGUGCAGCCAUGGAAAGUGCCAUGGUGGCGUUCCCCCCCCUCUCUAAGACCCUUUCCUAGGAAACGUAGUGCUUUCGGUUUUGUUUUCUCUCCCUUCCCUUCCUCCCAGCCUCUCCCUCCCGGCUCCAGCCUUCCUGCUCUUUCCGCCCGCACCAGCCAGUUCUGCCCCUCAGAGGAAACGAAACUAGCCUUCAGGGCCGGGAGCCGUCCUUCCCUGCCAGCCAAUGGGAGUCGAGAACGCCUUAGGCACUCGCUCACCUGUGGGGGAGCGAACCGAAAGGGAGUCUGGCCGCGAUCUGCGAGAGGGGCGAUUCCGAAGCCCACCGCGGUCCGGGAAGCUCAGGCCUGUCUCAGAACGCUGCGCGCGGAAAGCCGAGCCAUGGGUCUGGCCCGGACGCCCGCCAGGGACCUGGACAAGUUUGUCCAGGAGGAUCUCCUGCCGCACAGAGACUUCCUGGAUCAGCUGAGCCAGGCGGUGAACACCAUUUGCAAGGUGCUGCGGGAGAAGUGCUUCCAGAACUCCGCUUCCAAGGUCCGGGUGACGAAAGUCCUGAAGGGUGGCUCCUAUGGUCGGGGUACAGUCCUGAGAGGUGGCUCCGAUGCGGAUCUCGUUGUGUUCCUCAGUUGCUUCAAGACCUUUGCUGACCAAGGGGCCUGGCAGCCAGAGAGCUUCACGGAGAUCCGGGCACAGCUGGAAGCCUGCUGGCAGAACCCUCCCCAGAGCUUGAACCUCCAGUUCCCUACCCAGGAGGAUGCUCGAGCUUUGAGAUUCCAACUCGUGUCAGAGACACUCCACAACUGUAUGGACGUGUCCCUGAGGCCUGCCUUCGAUGCCCUGGGACAGCUCAGAUCGGACUCCAAGCCCAGUCCCCAGAUCUAUGCAGACCUUAUUAGCUGUGGCUCCCCAGCCGGUACGUACACUGCCUGUUUCACCGAUCUGAGGAGGCACUUUGUCAACACUCGCCCUUGCAAGCUGAAGAAUUUGAUCCUCCUGGUCAAACACUGGUACCUUCUGGUGGGUGAGAACAGCCCCCCCCUCUCGUCCCCUGCUUCUCUGCCCCCAGUCUAUGCCCUGGAGCUCCUAACCAUCUAUGCCUGGGAAAAGGGGUGUGGGAAAGCAAAGUUCAACAUUGCUGAAGGCUUCAGAACAGUGCUGGGGCUAAUUCAGAAAUACCAGGAGCUCUGUAUUUAUUGGGAGGUCAACUAUAGCUUUGAGGAUGAAGCUGUUGGGGCCUUCCUAAGAAACCAGCUCAAGAAACCCAGGCCUGUGAUCUUGGACCCCGCUGAUCCAACCUGGGAUGUAGGACAUAGGGAUGGCCAGAACUGGGACCUGCUGGCCCAGGAAGCUAAGUCCUGCUUGUCUUAUCCCUGUUUCGUACAAGGAGAUGGCUCCCCGGUACAACCCUGGUGUGCUCUGGGUCUUCUAGCUCCAAGAACAGAAAGUAAAGUAGGAGAUCAUGUGGAGAAGGAAAAUGGGGUGCCAAGAAUAAUGGCAGCUGUGCAAACACCAUCCCUAAAAGUCCAGGAUCCUCAAAUGGAGAGACAUCCAAGCAGAAGCCUGGCCCUGGGAGGACUAUCAAAAGUGCCGAUCCCAACAGGACAGACAUAUCUCUACCACAUCCCAGCCAAAGACCUGGACAAGUUCAUACAGGACGUUCUCCAACCAGAUGCAGGUUUCCAGGAGCAGAUGGGAAAAGUCACAGACAUGAUCUUCAAGUGCCUCCGGGAAAAGUGCUUCCGAGCAUCUUCUCCCACCAUUCGGGUGCUGAGGGCCAGUAAGGGUGGCUCCUACGGCCGGGGCACGGUCCUGAGAGGAGGCUCUGAUGCGGACCUCGUCGUGUUCCUCAGUUGCUUCAAGGCCUUUGCCGACCAAGGGGCCUGGCAGCCAGAGAGCUUCACGGAGAUCCGGGCGCAGCUGGAAGCCUGCUGGCAGAACCCUCCCCAGAGCUUGAGCCUCCAGUUCUCUGCCCAAGAGGAUGCUCGAGCUUUGAGAUUCCGACUCGUGUCGGCGACACUCCUCAACUGGAUGGAUGUGUCCCUGAGGCCUGCCUUCGACGCAUUGGGGCCCCUCAAUCCUGGCUCCAAACCUAGACCUCAGGUCUACAUAGACCUCAUAAGCAAUGGCUCUCCAGCAGGCACCUACUCCGAGUGUUUUACUGAACUCCAGAGGGAUUUUGUCAACAAUCGCCCCUCUAAGCUAAAGAAUCUCAUCCUUCUAGUGAAACACUGGUACCAGCAGGUUACAUCUCAGGACAAGGUAGGACAAGAUGAUGAGUGUUUGCCCCCAGUCUAUGCCCUGGAACUCUUGACUAUUUAUGCCUGGGAGCGAGCAGGCAAGAAAAACAAAUUCCACAUGGCUGAAGGCUUCCUAACAGUCCUGGGCCUAAUCCGGGACUACCAGCAACUCUGCAUCUAUUGGACAAUCAACUAUGACUUUGAAGAUAAGACUAUCAGGAAGUGCCUACAAAAACAGCUGCAGAAGCCCAGGCCCCUGAUCUUGGACCCAGCUGACCCAACCUGGAAUGUGGGCCAGGGAAAUUGGGAGAGGCUAGCCCGGGAAGCUGAAACCUGUGGGCGUCCGCCUUGCUUUGUAAAUGGAGAUGGUUCUCCAGUGCAGCCAUGGGACGUGAUGCCAGCCCUGCUUCAACAGACUCCUUCCUGGCAGCUGGACAGCUUCAUCAGCAAAUUCCUCCAGCCCAACCGAGAAUUCCUGGACCAGGUGAGCAGAGCUGUGGACAUCAUCUGUUCGUUCCUGAAAGAAAACUGCUUCCGGAAUUCAUCCACCAAGGUGCUCAAAAUAGUCAAGGGAGGCUCCUCUGCCAAGGGUACUGCCCUGCGAGGCCGAUCUGAUGCAGACCUCAUAGUGUUCCUCAGCUGUUUUUGUGGAUUCUCAGACCAAGGGACCAACCGGGCCGAAAUCAUCACAGAAAUCCGAACCCAGCUGGAAGCGUGCAGGCAGGAAAAGCAGUUUGAUGUGAAGUUUGAGAUCUCCAAGUGGGAGAAUCCCCGGGUACUCAGCUUCACCUUGACAUCCAGGACUCUGGAUCACAGCAUAGACUUCGACGUGCUUCCUGCUUUUAAUGCUUUGGGCCAACUAAGCUCAGGCACAAAGCCUAAGCCUCAGGUGUAUAUUGAUCUCAUUGACAGCUACAAUAAUGGAGGCGAAUUCUCCUCCUGCUUCACGGAACUGCAGCGGGAUUUUGUUAUCUCUCGUCCUACCAAGCUGAAGAGUCUGAUCCGCCUGGUAAAGCACUGGUACAAACAGUGUGUGAGAGUUCCCAAAGGAAGAGGAGCACUCCCUCCACAGUAUGCACUAGAACUCUUGACCAUUUAUGCCUGGGAACAGGGGAAUGGAACAACCCAGUUCAAUAUGGCUGAAGGUUUCAGGACAGUCCUGGAACUGGUCCAGAAUUACAAGAACCUCUGUAUCCAUUGGACGAUCAAUUAUGACCAUGAGAAUGAGAUCAUCAAGAAUUUCCUAAUUCAGCAACUCCGGAAACCCAGGCCAAUCAUCCUGGAUCCUGCUGACCCAACUGGGAAUCUUGGCCAUGGCACCCGCUGGGACCUAUUGGCAAAAGAAGCUGCUAACUAUGCAAAUUCUGUAUGCUGUGCAAACACAUCUGGGGACUUUGUCCAGCCCUGGGCAUUGAAGGUCUCUUCAUGAAUCUGGAAUAUCCUGACUCUGAACCCUAAACUCUUCAUCAUAUGAACUGCCUGCCUAUCAUCUCUUCUGCAGAGCUGGGAUGCAAGAAUAUCUGCCAGAUGUGUGUACAUUGGCUUCCUUGAGGGAUUCCCUUCUAUGUAUAAAACCCCUAUCCAUAAAGUGGGGACACAAUAAUAUUCAUAGCAUCUAUCUUGGGCAGCUAAGUGGCACUCUGGAUAGAGUACAUUUAGGAUAUGAAUUCAGGAAGAUCUACAUUAAAAUCUAGCCUCAGAUUCCAGUUAUGUGACCCUGGACAAGUCACUUAACCCUGUUUGCCUUAGUUUCCUCUUCUAUAAAAUGAGUUGGAAAAGGAAAGGACAAACCUUUUCAUUGCCCUUUCCUUCUCCAGCUCAAUUUGCCCAAGUAUCUUUGCCAAGAAUACCCCAAACAUGGUCAUGGAGAAUUGAACAGAGUGAAGGAUCUGAACAAUCAAAAGCAUUGAUCUCAUAAGGUUGUUGUGAAGUUUAAAUGAGAUCAAGUCUGUAAAGGGCUUUGCCCACCUUGAAAAGCUAGAUUAAUGUCACAGAAUGUUUGGGCUAAGAGGAGCCUUAGAAUACAGAAUAUCACAAGAGAGGAAAGGACCCACCUGUGUAAAAAUAUUUGGAGUAGUAGUCCUUUUUGUAGUGACAAGGAACUGGAAAUUGAAUGGAUGGGGAAUGGCUGAAUAAGUGAUGGUAUAUGAAUGUAAUGAAAUAUUGUUCUGUAAGAAAUGAUGAGCAGGCUGAUUUCAGAAAAGCCUGGACUUAGAUGAACUGAUGCUGAGUGAAGUAAGCAGAAGCAAGAGAACAUUGUACCCAGCAACAAGAUUAUGUGAUGAUCAACUAUGAUAGACUUAUACAUUGAGCCAAGACAAUUCCAACAGACUUUGGAUAGAAAAUGCCAUCCGCAUCCAGAGAGAAAUGUGGAUCGAAGCACACUAUUUUCACCUUUUUUUGUUUGAUUUUUUUAUACUUGUUUUUCUCUUUUGUUGUGAUUUUUCUUUUACAACAUGACUAAAAUGGAAAUAUGUUGAAAAUGAUUGUACAUGUAUAACCUAUAUCAGAUUGUUUGUUGUCUUAGGGAUAGGGAAAAGAAGGGAGGGAGGGAGAAAAAGAAUUUGCAACAUAAAAUCUUACCAAAAAAAAAGAAUGUUGAAAACUACCUUUACAAGUAAUUGGCAUUGGACAGCUAGAUGAGCAGUGGUCCUGAAGUCAGGAAAAUCUAAGUUCAAAUCCUGCCUCACACACUUAAUACUUAUUAGCUAUGUGACCCUGGGCAAGUCUCUUAACCCCAGUUGCCUCCCAAAAACAAAACAACAAAAACUAAACGAAAUAUAUGUAAUUGGAAAAAUAAAAUACUAUUGAGAAUUUAAAAAUAAAGUGAAAAAUAAAAAGAAUAUAGAAUGUCAAAAGGAGAAAGGAAUUUGCAAAAUAAAUAAAUUUUGUUGA